GACUUUACUGACAUUGACAUGUUUUUAUUUUAUCACAAUCUGUCGUGCGGGUGCCAUGCGUAUUUAACAAAUCAGAAAAUGCGUGUUUUUACCAUAUUAUUAAAUUGAUACUUUCUUUUUAAAAUUAUUUUAUUUGACGACGACCUUAGGAUCUGUUUACGAUUUGUAGUCACAAAAAUGUUUAGGAAAGUAAGGUUUACGAUUUCUUGUGCUAGUUAUUCUACCCGUCUUCAAAUAGACUCAAGAUUAAUGCCAAGUUUCGGAUCAAAUGAAUAUAAACCUAGAAAACAUCCGGGGACAGCCCGAAUAAAAAUUGCAACCAUACCUCCAGAUAUUCAGAAAGCCAUUUACCUAAUUCUAGAAGAUAAUGGAGGACGAGCUUUAUACCAGGACAGCCUUAAACUAAGUAAUUAUCUCCGCUCUAGACAAUUACCCCCAGAAGAUGCAGACAUACAUGAAAAAACCGUUAAAAUUCACAACAAUGUAUCCAAACAAGUAUUUUCAAAAAUUGAUAAAGACUUAACGCCAGAGGAAGUUGAAAUGUACACCAAACGUAUAGAAACAUCAGUAUUUAAUAUCUUAAAGAAAAAUGUUUAUCGUUGGGGAAACAUUUCAUAUGACAAAGCAACAUGCUUGCAAUAUUUAAUGUCCAGAGCAGCCCCUGAGUAUGCAAUUUUGGUUCGUGUUCUUGAUGAAAUUAAAAAAAAAGAUAUUAACUUUAAACCAAGGAGUUUCUUUGACUUUGGUUCUGGGGUUGGCACAGGCACGUGGGCUGUGAACACAUUCUGGAAAGGAGAUAUAUUUGAAUACUUUUGUGUAGAUACGGCACAACCUAUGCAUGACUUAGCAAGACUGAUACUGUGCAGUGGUAGAGAUAAUGUAGAAUUACCUUACAAAGGUUAUUUCCAGCGACAAUUCCUUCCAGCGUCUACUGAUUUAAAAUAUGACAUAGUAUUAUCCGCAUUCACAUUAUUCGAAAUGCCCGAUAUGAAGACAAGGUUGGAAACUAUACAGAAAUUGUGGAAUAAAACUGACAAUUAUUUAAUAAUCAUUGAGCAUGGGUCUAAUGCUGGCUUUAGAGUUGUAAAUGAGGCUAGAGAAUUUGUUCUUAACCUUCCUAGAGAGAACAAUCCAAAGCAAAUAGUCAAUAAUCAAAAUGGUUACGCAUUUUCCCCAUGUCCGAAUGAUAAUGUGUGUCCUCGGUAUUUAGAACAAGAAUCUCCAUGCAAUUUUCUAAUGAAGUACGAAUCGCUGAGUUUUCCGUCAAAAUCUGAAGUGUCUGCUGAUUUGUUCUCGUAUGUAAUUUUAAAGAAAGGUGUUCGGCCUUCAGAUGAUCCGCAAUGGCCGAGAGUGGUCCGAGCUCCUAUAGUACGUUCAGGUCACACAAUUUGUAGGUUAUGCACGGCCCAAGGGCAGUUGAAAGAAGUUAUAUUUUCUAAGUCUAAGUAUGACCAAACAACUUAUAGAUGUGCAAGGUCUUGCAAUUGGGGAGAUGAGUUGCCUGUAAAAUAAAUAAAUAGUUAAGUGUUAGUA